AUGGUCGCCAGUGCCUUCCCGGACGACGCCGCGGCCCAGCGCGCCAUGCCCGACCUGGCAGCGAUGGAGGCGAUCGAGGAGCAGGCGCGCAAGGAGCGCGAGGCCUCCGCUGCCAAGCGAGCCCCCACCCCGGCGGAGACCGCCGAGGACACAGGCGAGAAGAUCGCCAAGCUGGACUCGCUGCUGGAGAAGGCCAGUCUGUACUCGAGCUUCCUGUUCUCCAACAUGGAGAGCGCUGCCACCGUCAACGACACCGUUGUGGCGCAGGAUGCGGAGGACGAUGAGGCGGAAGAGCAGACCGCUAAGGGUAAGCGCAAGCGCGGCAAGAAGGCGUCGGCUAACGCCAACAAGAAAACCAAGAAAGGCGUGGACAAGCUGCGCGAGGUGCAGGGCGACACGUCUCUAGACACGCGCCAGCAGCCUAAGAAGGUGGCGUUCAAGCAACCCAAGCUCAUGGUUGGCGGCACGCUGCGCGACUAUCAGCUGGAGGGCAUCCGAUGGCUCUGCAAUUUGUUUGAGAACGGCCUGAACGGCAUUCUGGCAGACGAGAUGGGUCUGGGUAAGACCAUCCAGGUGAUCGGUCUUCUGGCUCACCUCAAGGCGCUCGGAGUGCGAGGACCGCACCUUAUCGUGGCGCCGCUGUCGACGCUCAUGAACUGGGCCACCGAGUUCCGCAAGUGGGCUCCUAGCAUGCCGGUGAUUAUUUAUCACGGCACCAGGGCUGAACGUAGCAAAAUGAGGAAGAACGAGCUCAACCGAAAGAAGAAAAACGACGCUGACUUCCCGGUCAUCAUUUCGUCGUAUGAGAUGAUGCUCCAAGAUUCCAGGGCUUUUGCGAGCUCGGGCUUCGUGUGGAAGUACAUGGUGAUCGACGAAGGUCACCGACUGAAGAACAUGGACUGCUUGCUGGUACGUGAGCUUAAGCGUGGUCGAUCGGAGAACCGCCUGCUGCUGACCGGCACCCCGCUGCAGAACAAUUUGACCGAGCUGUGGUCUCUGCUCAACUUUAUCUUGCCGGAUGUAUUUGACGACCUUGAACUUUUCGAGAGCUGGUUCUCAUUCACACCUGACGCUAUUGCCACGGCUGCUGCGGCGAAUGAGUCCGUGGCUGCGCAAGAUGUCCUGCACGGCGAAAAGAAGGUCGAAGUGAUCACAAAACUACACGAAAUUCUUCGACCGUUCCUGCUUCGUCGCUUGAAGGUGGACGUGGUGGAGGAGAUGGUUUCGAAGACAGAGAUUUUCGUUUACUGUGCCAUGACCUUGAGGCAGCGCGAGUACUAUCAGAUGAUUCGCGAUGGUACGCUCGCAGAGGCUAUGGAGCAAAAGUACGGUAAGUAUCAAGCCCAGAACGCGUUCAAGACGACCACCUUGAGAAACAAAAUGGUUCAAUGCCGCAAGUGCUGCCUACACCCUUACUUGUUCGACGAGCCGUUGACGGCAAGCGGUGGUGUUAUCACGGAUGAAAAUCUCGUCCAAACAUCCGGCAAACUGCGUGUAUUGGACCAGAUGCUGCCAGCACUCAAGCGCAAGGGACACAAGGUGCUUCUCUUCAGUCAAAUGACACGGAUGCUGGAUAUCUUGGAGGACUAUUUCAUCAUGCGAGAUUACAGCUACUGCCGUCUCGAUGGCAGUACAAAGCUGAUGGAUCGUGUCGACCAGAUGGAGAAAUUCAACAAGGUGUCUGCAGGGGCGAAGUCUGCGUCGGAUGAGGACAACGUUUUCAUUUUCAUGCUGUCAACGCGCGCUGGUGGUCUCGGUAUCAAUCUAAUUGCAGCUGAUACGGUUAUCUUCUACGACUCGGAUUGGAACCCUCAGCAGGACAAUCAGGCGAUGGAUCGUUGCCACAGAAUCGGCCAGAAAAACGAAAUCAUCGUGUACCGUCUUGUGACUGAGAACUCUUUUGAGGACCGCAUGACCCAGCGCGCGUUCGAGAAGCGUAAGCUUGAGCGCGUCGUCAUCCAGCGAGGUGGAUUCAAAGAGAGGGAGACUCCAGCAGAAAACGCUAAGCUCACAAAUAGCGAGUUGGAGCUUCUUCUGAAGGAUGACGUGGAGAUUCGCACGGGUGUUGAAAGCGGGGGUAUUAGUGAGAAGGAGCUUCAGCAGAUUUUGGAUCGCGAAAUGGUCGUCAACAGUUUCGUGAAGCACACGAGGGAGGAAAACGAGGCAAAGCUUGCGUCGGGGAAAAACGUGAUUCCAUUCAAGGGCAAAGGUUAUGAAGUGGUUGAGAACGCGCCUUCGUCCAUGGAGAGCUUUGCAUAG